GAACUGUUUAGGAAGUUGAAAAAAGAAGAAGAAAACACCGUUUAGUAACUUGAAUGGGACCGAUAUCCAAUUUAACCUUCUUCAAUUUCUUCAUCUUUAGCUGAAAAAAAGGGUCAGCAUAAAGAGUAAGAGUCUUUGUUCGCUCUCGUGUCUGAGCAGACGAAUCGGAAAAGAUGAAGAUCACUGUGAUGACUGCAGACGAAAAGAUCAUUACUCUGGACGUCGAUCGAGACGAAUGCGUUGAGAACGUAAAAGCUCUUCUCGAGGUCGAGACAAGCGUGCCGCUUAAGCAGCAGCAGCUGUUAUACAAUGGGAAGGAGAUGACGAAUGCUGAGAUACUGAGUGGCCUGGGUGUUGCUGAUGGAGAUUUAGUGAUGAUGGUCUCACAAGCUGCAUCUAGUGCACCUACCCAUGAUUUGAGCUUGAAUCCAGAUGGGUCUGCUGUUAAUCCUGCAGCCAUUCAGCAACAUUUUCGACAAGAUUCUAAUAUGAUGGCACAAUUAUUCCAGGAUGAUCCUGAAUUUGCACAAGUUCUUCUUGGAAAUGAUCUCAAUAGACUGCAAGAUAUCUUACGUGAGCGUCAUCACCAAAGAUCUGAGUUAAGUCGUCGACAAGAGGAGGAGCUAGCCCUGCUUUAUGCGGAUCCUUUUGAUGUGGAGGCACAGAAGAAAAUUGAAGCUGCUAUUCGCCAGAAAGGAAUAGAUGAGAACUGGGCAGCCGCAUUAGAACACAACCCUGAAGCUUUUGCAAGGGUGAUCAUGUUGUACGUUGACAUGGAAGUCAAUGGUGUUCCUUUGAAGGCAUUUGUUGAUAGUGGAGCUCAGUCAACAAUAAUCUCUAAAAGCUGUGCUGAGCGAUGCGGAUUAUUAAGGCUUUUAGAUCAACGUUAUAAGGGUAUUGCUCAUGGGGUUGGACAAACAGAGAUACUGGGUCGAAUUCAUGUUGCUCCAAUAAAGAUUGGAAAUAUAUUUUACCCUUGUUCAUUCAUGGUGUUGGAUUCACCCAAUAUGGAAUUCCUUUUUGGGCUGGAUAUGCUCCGUAAACAUCAGUGCAUAAUUGACUUGAAGGAGAAUGUCUUAAGAGUUGGUGGCGGAGAGGUUUCUGUACCAUUUUUGCAAGAAAAAGACAUUCCAUCUAAUUUUCUGAAUGAAGAGAGGCUCUCUAAGCAAGCAUCCAGUUCAGGAGUUGCGGUUACCUCAGGAGCAAAUGAAAGAAAUAAUGUGCCAACCGGAGGUCAAUCUUCUGGAAGUUCAUAUCACAACUUGACACAGGGACCCGGCUUUGAAGCAAAAGUAGCAAAUCUCGUUGAGCUCGGGUUCGGGAGAGAUGCCGUGAUACAAGCUCUCAGACUUUUUGAUGGUAAUGAAGAACAGGCGGCUGGGUUUCUUUUUGGGGGUUGACAAUAAUUUUAUUUCUCUUUAAAUUAUUGAUUUGUUGUGAGAUGGUACUGUGGAAUAUUGGUUUCAGUAAUUUAAUAAAAAAAAUUCAGAGAAAUUCAUGCACCCAAAA